AUGGAACACGUAGAAGGGUUACUUCAAAAAGGAAUUCGUAUUGAUGCAAGAAAAUUAGAUGAAUUUAGAGAAGUUUCGUUUGUGUGUAGAGAGCCUGGUAGUGUCGAAACACAUAUCGGUAAUAGUAAGGCAUUGGGGGAAUGUGUUGUAGAGCCAGUAUCUCCUGGAAGAUCAAGACCUGAUCAAGGAAUAUUUAAUAUUCGUGUUAAUUUUCUUGAAAUGGCCAAUCCAAAUUUCUACGACUCAAGAGGACCACGUGACUUAAUCGAGAUUGGUAAAGUAGUAGAAAGAGGAUUAUUAUCUACACGUGCAAUUGAUGUUGAUGGUCUUGUUAUUAUUCGAGGAAAAUUAGUAUGGAAGAUUACUGUGUGUGUUCACAUUAUUAAUGAUUGUGGUAACUUGAUGGAUUUAGUGUCUAUUACUGCUAUUUCUGCAUUACUAACUGCUGUAAGAAGGGAAGUACAAAUUUGUGGUACUGAUGUAAAGAUAUUAACACCAGAAGAACGUAAACCUGUUCCAUUAGCAAUUCACCAUAUUCCAAUAACUGUAUCAUUUGGAAUUACAGAUAGUGGAGUACCAUUACUUGAUCCAUCUGAAAGAGAAGAAAGUGUCUGUAAGUCUCGUUUGACAAUUGCAAUAAAUAAAGAAGGUGAAGUUUGUGCAGUACAAAAGAGUGGAACACCAAUAUCUAUGAAAGUUAUUCAAAGGUGUUGUGAUGUUUGUUUUCUUAUUUAA